UAUUACUGUUCUCACAUGCACAUUGCUGGAUAAGCAAAGGAAUCAAAGUCUCUAAUAGCUGUAAGUUUGGAAGAGACAGUCGAAGUAGCACACCGAUCAACAAGACGUUUAUUAAUAACAGUACUUCCAAGAGAAUGGCUUUACCAAGUAGAGCACGUGUUUAUGCUGAUGUAAAUUCACAUAAACCAAGAGAAUACUGGGAUUAUGAAUCUUAUGUUGUCGACUGGGGGCAACAAGAUGAUUACCAGUUAGUAAGAAAAUUGGGCAGGGGUAAAUAUAGUGAAGUAUUUGAGGCCAUAAAUGUUACAAACAAUGAAAAUUGCGUUGUAAAAAUAUUAAAGCCUGUUAAAAAGAAGAAAAUAAAAAGGGAGAUAAAAAUUUUAGAAAAUCUUAAAGGUGGGACCAACAUAAUUACACUCCAAGCAGUUGUCAAAGAUCCAGUCUCAAGAACACCGGCAUUGAUUUUUGAACAUGUCAACAACACAGAUUUCAAGCAAUUAUACCAGACGUUAACUGACUACGACAUAAGAUACUACCUCUACGAAUUAUUAAAAGCGCUAGACUAUUGUCACAGUAUGGGAAUUAUGCACAGAGAUGUAAAACCGCAUAAUGUUAUGAUAGAUCAUGAAAAUCGAAAAUUACGGUUGAUCGACUGGGGAUUAGCAGAGUUUUAUCAUCCUGGUCAAGAAUAUAAUGUACGAGUAGCUUCCCGCUAUUUCAAAGGCCCAGAAUUGCUCGUAGAUUAUCAAAUGUACGAUUAUUCAUUAGAUAUGUGGUCAUUAGGCUGCAUGCUCGCUAGUAUGAUAUUCAGGAAAGAACCAUUUUUUCAUGGACACGAUAACUAUGACCAACUAGUUCGAAUUGCAAAAGUUCUCGGGACUGAAGAGCUGUUUGAAUAUCUUGACAAGUAUCAUAUUGAACUGGAUCCUCGUUUCAACGAUAUUUUAGGCCGACAUUCACGUAAGCGUUGGGAACGUUUUGUACAUUCGGAAAAUCAACAUCUAGUGUCUCCGGAUAGUUUGGAUUUUCUCGACAAACUUUUACGCUAUGAUCAUUAUGAAAGAUUAACUGCACGUGAAGCAAUGGAACAUCCUUAUUUUUAUCCUAUAGUAAAAGAACAGGGUCGUUUGCCCAUGGUGUCAUCAUCACCUACUCCCAUGGCAGGCUCAGUGCCUGUAGGUGAGUAGCGGCCCAGAUUAUCGUGGCGUAACAAUGAGCAACGUAUCGGUUCAUGGAAUAAACGGAUUGGAGGGCAUAGAAGAAAUUGGAAGUGGGUGUUUGACUCUUUCAGAAGAACCUCAACUUUUAUAAAUUCAGCAAUUCUGAACAGCAAUUUUCAACCGAGUCCCAAUCCACUACAGAAUGUAACAAUACAACAUAUAUUUCGUAUCGCCAAGUAUAUUCUCUGUACGAAAAUCAUUCUGGUUUGUAGCAAUAGCUUCAUCAAUCCAAACAUCAUUAAGACUGAAGCAUUUCAUUUUGCUGUGUUUUCUUUAAAAAGAUAUAACUAUUUAAAAUUUGCGAUGUACUUAGAGAAUCACGAGAGAUUAGGAUUCUGGUAUAAAAUUUAUUACAUAAAGAUACAUGCUCCGUAUUGGCUGGUGUGCAUGCGAUGUCAAAGGUAGCACAUUACUUAUCUCUGUUUUAUGAUUUGCAAUGCGCUCCUCUGUUUCAAUAUUUUUUCCAAUGUUGCUAUUAUUAUCAUGUUUUAUAAAUGCAUAAAGAUAUAACUAGAUUCAUUUUCAUUUAAAAUUAUUCAUGGAUGCGCGCAGUGACGAAGACUUUUAAACGAUCACCUUUAUUUGCAUUCACAUGUGCACUCAUACACAACGGACAUAACAUACAUAUGUACAUUACACUCUAUACAUACAUACAAACACACAAUCACGUUUGUACACGUACAUUAAACAAUUCGGUUUAGUACUUUUAACAAUAAAAAUGUUCAUUUAUAUCUGAUGCAACAAUAGUUGAAUAAAAUAUUUGUUAUAGCCAAGUA